GGCCUCCGGGAGCGGGGCCUUUGCCCCGGCCGCCCCGGCCUCACAGGCUGUCCUGCCGGGAAGGGCAUGUCCAGCCAGGGCUCGGGAGGGCCCCGCACGCUGGGGUCACUGCCGGGGACACCUGCAGUACUCGACCCACCCUGGGCACGGCUCUGACUUGUGGGCGUCCGGGGGCUCCUCAGGCUUCUUCAUCCCGGGGUUCCCAAAACUGCUGAGAUUCCAGGCCCAUCACGAGCACGUUCUAGGCAGCGCCCUCCCCCAGCGGAAGCGACACCUGGUGAGUGGAAGUGUCGUCCCCCACCACAGAGGCGCUGUCCCACGGCCACUUCGGGGGCCUGGCCCCCCUGAAGGCUUCAUUCUCCUUCUCCUGGGGGGCCAGGGGCGAGCUCGGGCCGAGCAGGCCCAUGGGCAGCACGUCCCCCCGGCCCCUGGGGGCAGCUGCACAGGGCCCUGAAACAGGGAGGAUGCCAGCCGAGCAGGAGUAUCUUCGUCCAGGAGCCACAACCCCACCGGGAUGAGCCCACCCAGAGGAGGAGCCGUAGGGCUUUGUCUGAUGCAGCCUGGGAGGUUUGUAGGGACCAGAGGCAGAUGCGGGGUGGGGGGGUUCUUAGCCUGUGCUGGGACCCCCACUGCGCCCUGCUCAAGCUGCCCCUCCUGUGCCUACUGUCCCCACGGACCCCCUUUUUGCUCACCCUGAAGCUCUGGGACGCCUACAUCCUAGAGGGCGAGCGUGUGCUCACGGCCAUGGCGUACACGGUCCUCAAGGUGCACAAAAGUAGGUGGGCCUGAGCGUGGAGCACGCAGGCUGCGGCGGAGGGAGGCCCAGCCGGCACGCAAGCUGGGCAGCGUGCCCUCUGGAGAGCGCCCUUUGCUAUGGCCCUGCCCAUGGCUCUCCCAGGCACAGCUGGACCCCCAGGUGUGGCACACAGCGGAACACAGCCGCAGCCCAUGGGAGGCGCCCCAGGGUGCGGGGGGCUGAGCCUUCCCAGUGGGGCCCCCGCUGUCCUGACAGCAUCUGCAGCCCUAGAACGCUUCCUGAAGCUGCCCCUGGAAGGCCUGCAGGAGUUCCUGCAGGACACGCUGUCCCGGGCCUGGGCCCUGGAGGAUGACACAGUGCCCAGGCAGCUGCAGGCCUCAGUGGCUGAGCUAUACAGGACACGGUGUGACCUGCUCCCCCGCAGCGAAACCUGAGGAGUUCCCCACGAGGCCCCUGGGCCUCUCCCUACCCCUCCCCGCAUCACGAUGCUCCCCGGAGAGGACGGACUGGCCCUCCCUGGCCCACCUGCCCAGCACAAGUAGCCCGGACCCUCACCCGGCCCGGCCGUCCAGAAGGCCAAGGAGAAGCAGCAGCAUGAGGGGACCAUGGGCACAAGCCUCCCUCUGGGGGCCUCGGAGCCUCCACGUCUGGCCUGCCCGCCCGCAGCCCAGGACAGCCCUCAGGAUCGGCUGCGGCCACGGCGAUGGAAUUCCCUCCCAAACCUCCCAAUGAACCAUGAGGCCACAGGCAAGUGGCCCCCGGACAUCAGCUUUGAGCCGGAAGGCUGGGUCCCUUCCCCUGCAGCACCUGGCUGGGCCACCCCCAGGGCCGCCCAACAGGCCUGGCCCUGCAACCCCACUGAGGCCCCUGCCACCGGCUCUGCCCAGCCUGUUGAAGACAGCGCCGCCGGGCCCAGGACGCUCCUCCUGCCCUGUGGCACCUGCAGCCAGCGCCCCUUCCAGGGCAGUGACCAGCACGGCCACGACGGAGUCAGGGCAGCGCCCCAAGAGCUGCCCCAAGGCCCCGCACGUCCCCACGACCCCCUGACCUCUACAUCCACAGGGAAGCUGGACGCUCAGGGGCCUCCAGAAGACAAGGUGACUGUGAGCACAGUGACCCCGAGGCCCCGGGAAGCCAGCGACGCGCCCUGGUGCUUCAUGCUGGCCUUCCUGGAGGACGGUGCGCCCCUCGCACAGCACAAGUCCCUGACCCGGAAGGGCCUGGCCUGGCCUGAAUUUGGGCCCCGGGAGGGCGGGGCGCCGUGAGCCUCCCCCAAGCCAGGAUGAUGACUAAAGGGGCUGCCCUGGCCAGUCCAGAAUUCUGGCCCAAGGCAAGGCGAGCCUUCUCGGAGCUGUAUAUGGCCAGCUGGGGCCUGGACGUGCCCCACAAGGCCACUGCGGUGACCUGAGGUGGCUCUGGGAGCAACAGGCCGCCUCCACCGAGGGGGUGGCAGGGGCAGGUGGGCCGACCGCACCCCCGUACACAUAAGGAGGCAGGGCUGGCCAGAUGCCGGAGCCCACGCAGCCACCUGGGCCCCGCGAGGCAGAGCAGAGGGCGCUGCUGGGCAGGCUGGACCCAACAGGCUGCAUCCCUUCCUCUGCCAAAGUCAGUUACUGCCUUUCAGGGUCCCCAAAGCUCAGGAAAUACAACCCCAUCCGGAGGCCAAAUGAGCUCCUCGCCUCCCAGCCAUUCCUUACGAAGGCCUCCCUCCCAGGGGAAGGGACAGCCUUUGGUCUCAA